UUAAUGUUAGAGAACCACAGGUUAUUAAAGGGAUAUCACAAUUCACAUCAUCUAUAGUUCGUAUUAAAGUACAUAAAGCUUGGUUCAAGUACCACUUUUUUCAAAUGGGGUUUCUAUUUACUGUGAAACACUGGUUAAUCAAGGUGUAACACAGUUUGUCCAGGGAUGUUCUACGGCAAUGAGGAAGAAACGACCAAAAGAUGGUCAACUAAGUUUAAACCUAUCCUUGUUGCUACACCAUUAGUGAUAUAACAUUUAUUACAAUGGAUGGAGAUGGAAGUGGCUUUUCAUUUCCUUCAGCUGAUUUUAACAAGCAAACAAGUAGGCCUACUAAAGAAUUAUACUUUUUUUCCAGGGGACAAGAUGCUAAUACAGAUAUUUCUUGGGGAGACAUGUUUUUGGAUGGAAUCCAUUCGUCGGAUGAUCCAAAUACACCUGAUACUGUUAUUAGUGACUCUACAAACAUGGGUGCUAAUGUUCAUGGCAAUGCCCAGAUGGUUCAACAACAGCACAGUGUCAUUGGAGGUCAACUGCAAGUUCACAUACCCAGCCACUUUCAAAACACUUUAACAAGCAGUGGGGUGCAGCAGGCCAGUACAAGUCUAUGUGGCACAGUGGCUUAUCUUGCAUCAGCGGGUUCAUCCCAACAUGUACAGCCUAUAAACAGUGUUCUUCUUCAGUCCAAUCAGACCCUAGCAGGACAAACCAUUUAUAGUGGUCAGGGUGGCAGUUUGUUUCCUGCUCAAGGAUCUGUUCAUAUUGAGAAUCCAAAAGUUGUGAAUGUAAACUUUGGCCCUCAUGUUAUAGGAUCAGAUGGUAGUGGACAGCAAGCUAUUAUACAGACUGCAGAAGGGAAAAGAGUCCUGAUUACUAAUUCCCAGCUUCAGCAUAUGUCUCAGUAUCUUACUCCUCAGUCCAUCAGCUUAUCUCAGCCUAUUAUGGGCACUCAACUUAUAAAUCCCAGAGGAGGGAAUGUUAUUCAAACUAAUAUGGCACCUUCUACUACAACCCGUCAAAUUGUGUUACCGACUGGUCAAACUGUAAUACCCAGACAAAAUAAUGCUCAGACAGCACUGCCUAAAAAUAUGGUCAUACGGCAGAUUAAUCCUGGAAUGUCACCUGUAAUUUAUCAGACUGGACAAAGUGGUCAACUAAUUCAGCCCCAGCCUACAUUAAUUACAUCAUCCGGCACUGGGUUGCAAGUAGUUAAUACUGGAGGAACCCAGGGCAGCCAAGUUCAGCUUAUAGCUCAACCAAAUAUUAAUCAGACUGGGCUAGGUCAACAACAGAACACAAUUAUGAAUUUUAUCAACAACCAAAGUGUUAUCCCUAAUGCUGGGAACCAAAUUACAGGACUAGUACCUGGUCAAAAUAUUUUUGUGAAUGGACAGAUGUUGAAUCUUAGUCAGCUGAGUGGUCUUACCAUGUCCCAAUUACAAGUGCAACCUAAUACUCAAGUCACCUUAGCAAAUAUUAACACAGGAGUUGCAAGGCCAACUUUUCAGCCUACAACUCAGCAUUUGGUCAUACAACACAAUGGUCAGCAACAGCAAAUACUGAUUCAACCAAAAAAUGCUGCUUCCCCUUCACUUUUAUCAAAUGCCAGCUCAUCACAGAGAACAAAUUCCAAUCUUCAAGGAAAUAAACUUGCCAGAACACCUACUCCAAAUGCUAGUUCUGCCUCAUCGACACCUGUGGCUACCCCUACUCCGUCCACACCUACCUCCACAUCAACUCCAGAUCUCAUGUCAGAUUAUAAUGGGCAGGGUAGUAAAACUGGUUGUAUCAACAUAUUAGAGCAAGCUCUAGAAAUGUCAGAUAUUAAUCUACACUCUUUUGAAGAUGAAGAUUUUAUGUAUCUAGAAAAUCAGUCAUCUAUAACCCCACCACCAUCAACACCAGUUCAGCCUGCUAAACUUAAACCACAGCCCACCAGCAAAGCAAAAUCAAAAACUUCAAAGCCUAAGUCAAAAACUCCUCCAUGUAUGGUAAAUGUUACAGUGAGUAACAACACCAUCUCAUUUCAGCAACCCAAAGCACAGCUUCAAAGUUCUCAAGGUCAAAAGGUUACCCUUAGUCCCAAACAAAAAGUGAUAACAGCUGAUGGCCAAGUUUAUGUACUUUCAGCUAAUGGGCAGCAGUUAAUUCUUCAACCAUCCCCUAACUCUGCUAAUUCAAUAGCACCACAUCUGAAGCCUAUAGUUUCUCAGGCAUCAACUUUCACUAGUCCAGCUAGCAUCACUAUUCCCUCCAAUAGCCAACAGCAAUUACAAGGACAGACUCAACAAGUGUUUAGUCAAACUAACAUUAACAUUGGUCAGUUAAAAGUGAAUACUUCAACUAUACCAGUACAACAGAAUACGUUUCUUGCCACCAAUGCUCAAGAUAGCAAAGUUUUUAUUAAAACUAAUAUAGAGGAAGGUAGUUCCAUGAAAAUACAGUCCUCGCCUGCUGGUACGCAGAUUGUCUCUGUUACACCUAAUACUGCUACACACAAUUCACAGUCAUCUUUAUCUCCAAACUUAAAUUUUAAUCAGGGUCAAACUUUACAGUUUAAAAAUCAGAAAAUUUCAACGUUAGGUGGAACUAUCAUUAAACAGGAACCAAUAUCAACACUGGUGAAACAGGAACCAGUUACUGACUUUCCAGUUUCACAAGCACAGGUGGCAUCAUCUGUUUCUCCUCUUGUGUCUGUUGCUGUAACUACCUCAAACAUAAUGGCCAUGACAAUGUCUCCAGUUGACUCUUCUGCUUCAUCUACUGCAACCAGCUCCACAUUGACUACUCAGUCUCAUAAAUUAACUAUAAUGGCUACAGCCCAGAUGACAGGAUCCAUGCCAACUUCAGUUUCAUCUACAUCAUCAAAUGUUGCUUAUAUAUCCACAUCAAGCGAUACUGCCUCAAUCUUUAACCAAGCCUUGCCCAGCCCUAACAGCUCUCUUGCUGCACAUGCUGGAUCAAAACUUGGCUCGACUUCAAAAGAAAAAGAUCCAAAUAAUGUUAAAGUUAUGACCCCUAUUAAGAUUGCUGAUUCUACCUUGAUGCUAAGCCUUACACCUGUUCAAAAGAAAAGACUAGAAGAUCAUUUAUCCUGCAUGAGCAUGAAGGAUCAAAAUGAAUUUCUGUUACAUCAACAGAGCAUUAUUCGCCGUUCCCAGCAAGUGCAACAGAAGCAAUUAGAACAGCAACAAAAAUAUCAAAAGCUUCAACAUAUCCAACAACAUCAACAAAUGCAGCAACAGCAGCCGAUUCUACAACUUCAAGUGCAACAACAGCAAGUUCAUCAACAACAACAACAAACACCUCAACCAUUACAGUUACAAAGCCACACAAAUUUGAUCCUGAAAACAAAUACAGCUAAUGCUAUGGAAAUAUCACCAAAUAUAGGUUCUGGUGUAUCAGCUCUCCCAACAACAGUACAGGAGUUGAUGGAUAAACCAGAAGAGGUUCAGCCUCAGCAAACAUAUCAAGAUCAGCAGGUGAUUUAUAGACAACAAGCACAAGUUCCUCAGCAGCAGCCUCAAGUUACAAUGCAGCAACAUAUUCAAUAUAGAAGUGUUCCUGAAAACUCAACUCAGUUACCAGCUCAACAUUUCACAUAUCAACAGAUGGGUAGAUGCUUGGCUGAACAACAGCUUUUACGUGACAAAACUCUAGCUCAAAGCCCUGAUGUAUCUUCUGCCUUCAAAAGUUUAUCUGAUGCUAUGAGAAGAUUAGUUCGCUAUCAUACGCUUCAGGACCAUAAACCCGAAGAAGGCAGUAAAGAAAUGAGGACAUGGGACACUAGAUACUCAAAGCUGUGUGAAUACUUAGUAAAGAAAAAGCGGUGUUACAUGCGUAGGUUUCAUAAAAUGAAACUUUAUAAUGAUAUGUGCCCUGAAAAACAACCUGAAUAUUAUCAAAACAUCUACUGCUUUAAUGAACAACUUAGAGAACAAUUAGAGAAAGAGAAAGAACAAGCUAAAAAUUUUCCAGAUACAUUUGAACCAGUUCAUCAGACUCUGGAGACUAAGCCUUCCAGCUCAAACUGGCAUUCUGUUUUUAUCAAAACAAAUACUUCUGAUGUGUCUUAUAAGCAUAGUGUUGAUCUGAAAGUUAAAAGGGAAACUUGUGACAUGGUACCUCCAAAAAUAAAAACUGAGUUGGAUCCAGAUAUAAAAUGUGAGAAUUCUUGCUCGCCAUGCAUCUCUCCUCAAAAUCUCAAAAGAAAGCUUCCAGAUAAAAGCAGUGGGACUCUUAAACUUGUUUUUAAACGAAGAACUACUGAUAAUUUUAUAGUUAAAAAUUCUUUAGGUGAUCAGGAUAAACUACCAAAUGAUUUCAAGCCAGUUGUGAACUUAGAAAAAAGUGAUAGUGAGUAUGAGUUUGAUUCACAAUCAGGAGUAACCAGUGAUAGACCUGUUAUAGUACGCAGAAGAACGUCAUCUAUUUCUGUUACUUCAAGACAGACUUCUUUUGAGGGUGACAGUAACUCAUCUAAUUCCGAAAGCUCAAAAGAAAGAAGUAACUCCUCAUUUGAGGAUGAGGAAGAAGAGCAGGAAGUUGUGGAUGAUGAUGAAGAGGAGGAGGAUGAAGAUGAUGAAGACAAAGAUGGUGAUGUUGAACAGAGUUCUAGUGAAGAUGAUGGUGAUGAUGUGGAAAGUUUCAGUGAGGUUAAAAGACAAUCUAAGGGAUCUUAUCAUGUGUCAUUUGAUGAUGAAGUUGAACAGUUGGAGAACAAUGAUGCUUUUAUGGCAGUAGAUGAAAGUGCAACUCAGUUUAAAGACUGCUCUCCCAACAAACCUCUCAGUAACAAUUUUGAAUUUUUAGAUUUGCCUUCUAACAACAAUCUCAGUAGAAUUCAGAAAUCUUCGCGUUCAUUAUCUCAUAGCACAUCUGUCAUAUCUGACGAUGUCUUCAACUCUAAUUUAUCCUUUCCUGCAGCCAGUUCUGGUCUCACUAAUGAGCUAAGUGAUAGUGAUGAUAAUUUUCAUUUAGACAAAAGAGUGGAUAAUCCAACAUUUUCUUUUUCUACAAAUACUGCAUGCUACUCUCAUAGAUCAUCAACUAGACCAACACCGAGAAAAGAAUUUGUGGCUGAAAACUCAGUGAAUAAAGACACUAAACAGCAAGGACUGCCUAACUCUUCUAUAUUUACUACACCUAGUAAAAGUUUAUUGCAAACUGAUGCAAUGUUCAACUCUUCAGAAGAUGAAGAUGAUGACAGUCAAGGAGGUAGAUUAGUGUCAGCUUUUGAAAUAGACAAUAAAGAUCCUCAGAGCAGCAUGAUGAAUGAUUCUGUGAGAUCAGCUAUAAACAGUGUAUUAAAUGAUGAUGAUAAUGAUGACUCUCAGACCAGUUGGUCAUCUUCAGCUCAUCGACCUCCGUCAUCUUCCUCAUCUUCUAUACACCAUAGCCUUUAUCAGCAAUCCCCUGCCAUACCAUCAAGCCAUGACGCUGAUUUAGAUGCCGCUGUGCAAAGCAUCUUAAAUAGCUGAAUUAUUUUUUUUUUAUCACCCCUGCAGUUAUCUGCUAACAAGGCUACUCAGUUAUGCAGACAUAAGACAUUUCCAUUAAAGAGAAUUGAUGUGUAUUGUUUAACUAUAAAUGGUGUUCUUAAAUUAAUAAAUGUUACAGAAUACGGUAUAAAUAGACUUAAAGUAAUUACGAUACUAUAUAAAAAACGUUCUGCACGCUUACAUUUUGAAAAUUUUAUUUAUUUAUUAUUCAUUUUUUUGUUGUAGCAAAGGACAAUUUCUGUUGUAUUUUAUAUAUUUAUUGCAGUAAGUUAUUUAAAUCUAAAAACACUACAACAAGGAUGAAUAUUAAAAUUUUAAAAUACUUGAAAAAGGAUAAAUGCUAAACUAAAGUUAGUUUAUAUUUAAAUCUAAAAACGCUACCAAAAGGAUAAAUACUAAGCUAAAGUUAGUUUAACAACAGCUUUAUUUUCUCUGUCAUACACUGCAGCAUUCACAUGAAUCAUUCCACUUUGUUUCAUUGAAACAUUGCAUAAUAAAACACAUCAAAAUUAGGAGAAAUUAUUAAGUACUUAAAAAGUAACUUUAAAAAUAUAACCAACCAGAAGAAAUUGUCAAAGACUAUACUCAUGUUACGAUGUAAAUAAACUUAGCUGUACAUAUUACAUUUUUGACGUUGCUGUAUUCACCAAUCUUGAAUUUGCAAUAUUCGUACUUAGUGAGGUGCACCGAAAUUUAUCAGCUGCUGCUUUAUUACUCUGCUAGUAUUUAGUUUUCAGAAGUGUUGGUUCUCUAAUGAGAUACAAUUUAAAAUAAUGGCUGGGUGACUCUAAAUUUGUGAUAAUAAUUUUAAAUUAUUUAUAAUUUCAGAAAUAUAAUAAUUUUCUUUUCAUUAUCCUUCAGUUAUUUUAGGUGUUAGCUUAUUUUUGCUUUUGAAAAUUACAAUGUCUGUUGGUGCUGUGUGAGGGUUAACUCUCUUUAGUUCAUAGUAACUUAGGAACUUAAAUCUAAAUGUAUCAAAAUUGUUUUUUUUUUUUAAAUUCAAACGGUUCAUUUUUUUAUGUGCAAGCAUAGCCUCAAUAUCAACUAGACUAAUAUCCUGAAAUUAAUUAACAUUGUGGACACACACAAAAUUUUUUUUAAAGAGGAGUUGCAAAUUUAUUUUAGCCUAAUAAAAUAUGUAAAUAUAUAUUAAAUUAUACAUCAUAGAAUAAUAGGUAAUUGUAAAUACAGUCACUUUAUGUAAUUUAAAGAAGUGAAAUGAUUUAAAGAUGAUAAUCUUAUUUUAUGAUCAAAUAUGCAUGUUUAAUGACAUGAAGUUGUUAAUAUAAAUUUACACUAACGCUGUAGUUAACCCUUUAAAUAUUUUGUUUAUUCUAAUUGUUUGUAUUCGACUAUCGAAUACAGUUUUAGGACACAACUGGCAUUAUUUUUGCCUACGUAAAAUGUUUUAUAUAACUUGCAUAUUUCUCCUCACAUAAAACAGUUUGAAGUAGGUUGUGAAGCCUAAAUUUUUAUCAUCUAAAUUUUUAUAUUUAUCAGCAUGUAGUUAGCAGAUUAAGCUAAAUUCUGUUUAAAAAUCUGUUUUUGUUUAGCUCAAGCUAGAAAUUGUGUACCUAAUUAUGCACUGCAUUUUUGCAGACAAAGAAUAAAUACUGGUGUAAAAUAACUUGGGAUAUUUUAUUAAAUUGACGACGUAUUGUGGAUAAGACUGAUGGCUAAAAAUCAUAGGUCUUAUAGAUCAUUUAUCAUUUUAAAUAAUUCAAAUAUAUUUUGGUUUAAAUAGCAGUUUUACCAAAAAUGUUGCAUAGAUCACGAGUUAUUUUGUUUAAUGAUUAAAUUGAUUUAGGCCAUAUUACCUACAUGACUUUAUUUUAAAUUUACUCAGUACUAUCUUUAAUGUGGAAUGGAAAUGGAAGAAAAGAAGUAAACAUUAACAGCAUAUUACUAAAAAAUAUUGCUUAUUUUCAUGCAAUAUUUAAAAAACUUUUUUUAGAGCUUUAUAUUAUUAGAGGUGCUAUGGGUGUUAAGUUACAUUAUCCUUUUAUUUUUGUUGUUGUUAAAACCCCUCAUGGGAAACAUUUCAAUUAAAAAUGUAUUGAUAAAUUUUGCGAAUUGCAACAAUAGUUUGCCAUUAUAAUCAAAUGACAGAAAUAAUACAUUGUUUUUUUUUCAAACUAACAAUUUUUACUGCAUUCACAACCCUGCUUUGUUAUGGACAUGUAUAAGCAUUUAUUUAAAUAUUUAUAGUUUUUCUUUCCCACACUUACAUUAUAUACAUAUAUCAACCAACAGUAAAAAAAAAAGUCUAUUGGUUCCUAUGCAUUAUAUUCAUUGGUUUCAAAACUGUACUUAGGGAAGUGAGAAAAUUAAAAAAUAAAAUAAUUUUACUUCACAAAAAUUACUCCAUGGAAAUGUUUUUUAAGUACAAAAUUAUGGAGGUCAGGUAGGGCACAAUCAUGACAUUUUGAAAUAUUUUUUUUAAACGUUAUACAUCCUACAUCUUAAGAGUUACAAGAAUUAAUAGGAUGUAAUUUUCACUUACUCGUUUUAAGCGAAUACCUUUGUUUUUAAUUAAAAUCAGUAUCAUUUCCAUAUAUAAAAAAUACUUCAUCAAAAUAUUUUCUUGAAUAUAUUCAGUUAUUUGUAACUUAAAUUUGGUACAAAUUAGUUUUAAUUAUUAGUGGAUUUUUUUAAUCAUUAUAUAGCUUUCAUAAAUUAUAAUUAGUUUAAAAAGUUUUUUAUUUUUUGGGAACUUUCAUUUUCAUCAUGUAAUUUUUUCAAAGGCAGCAAAUGUUGGAUAUGUUCUUGUGUAAAGGUUAUGUUCAUGUCCAAAUACUGUGGUAAGAUAAUUUAUUUGAGGGUUUUUAAUUGAAAUGGCAAUGUCAUGUAUUACAAUAGCAUUAGACUGCAGUUGAUGUGUUCUGUUACAAAAUGGUAUUUAAUUCAUUUUAUGAGUUUUUGUUACCCUGAUUUUCAAUGUCUACAUUUGGCUCCAAAAUUAAACCAAAAAAGAGCAUUAUAUUAAUGCAGAAAGUAUGUACAUGAUUAUAAAUUUACUUUAAUAGCUUAAUAGAAACAUUCUUAUCAGUUUAUAAUUUAGUUUUAUUUAACUUAAAAAAUUCUCUAACAGACUUUUUAAAUGUAAUAUUUGAUUUUAUAUCUUAUAAGCUACUUAAGUUUAAUUUUUUAUCAUAUUUUACACAAACAUUUUUUUUUAAAAUCAGGGUUGUCCAAUCUUUUGACAGGACUAGUUUGCUGCAAUUGCCUAUAAUAUUUUGUCCUCUUUUAUAGAUAUACUUUAUGUAUGUGUAAACAAUCUGAAUUAUCUGUGAUGUAUGUUUUAAAAAGUUUGGAAUAAAGUACCGCUGUGUUCAAAUAGUC